GUGAUGGUGUGGAUCCAUGGAGGUGGGCUCGUGUUGGGAGGGGCAUCAACCUAUGAUGGACUGGCCCUCUCUGCCUAUGAAAAUGUGGUGGUGGUGACCAUUCAGUACCGCCUGGGAAUCUGGGGAUUCUUCAGUGCAGGGGAUGAACACAGUCCAGGGAAUUGGGGUCACUUGGACCAGGUGGCUGCACUGCGCUGGGUCCAGGACAACAUUGCCAACUUUGGAGGGAACCCAAGCUCUGUGACCAUCUUCGGAGAGUCAUGAGGAGCUGCCAUGUCACUGAGCACCAUAGUGUUGUCUCCCUUGGCCAAAAACCUCUUCCACAGGGCCAUUUCUGAGAGUGGGGUGGUCCUCACCCCUGGUUUGUUUGUGAAGGAUGUCAGGCCCUUGACUAAGAAAAUUGCUGAUAUUGCUGGGUGCAAAACCACCGCAUCAGCUGUCAUUGUUCACUGCCUAUGCCAGAAGACAGAGGAUGAGCUCUUGGAGAUCACACAGAAAAUGAUCCAUGCCUUUGUGCCAACUGUGAUUGAUGGAAUGUUCCUGCCAAAGUCACCAGAAGAGAUUCUGGCUGAAAAGAACUUCAACACUGUCCCCUACAUCGUGGGAAUCAACAAACAAGAGUUUGGCUGGAUUCUGCCAACAAUGAUGGGAUUUCCACCUUCUGAAGUUAAGAUGGACAAGAAGAUGGUCCUUUCCAUCUUGCAGAAAAUCUCAUCCUUUCUUAACAUCCCUAAGGCUGUAAUUCCAGUUGCCAUUGAGAAGUAUUUAAGAGGCACAGAUGACCCAGCUAAGAGCAGAGAACUGCUCCUGCAGUUGAUUGCAGAUGUAACAUUUGGUGUCCCAUCGAUCAUUUCCCGUGUCCACAGAGAUUCUGGAGCUCCUACCUAUAUGUAUGAGUUUCAGUAUCAUCCCAGCUUCUCAUCAGAGUUGAAACCCAAGAAUGUGAUGGGAGACCAUGCAGAUGAGGUCUUCUCUGUCUUUGGUGCCCCAAUUUUAAGAGAUGGUGCCUCAGAAGAGGAGAUCAAACUGAGCAAGAUGGUGAUGAAAUUCUGGGCCAACUUUGCUCGAAAUGGGAACCCCAAUGGGAACGAGCUGCCUCAUUGGCCACAAUAUGACCAGAAGGAAGGGUACCUGAAGAUUGGUGCCACCACUCAGCAAGCCCAGAAGCUAAAAGACAAAGAAGUAGCUUUCUGGACUGAGCUCCUGUCCAAAAAGCCAUCUCAGGCACAACAUAAUGAGCUGUGAAUGGGAGACUGCCCACCUGAGGAGACCAGAGAAGCCAAGAUGAGGGUAUUCCACCAAAGGUGUUUUUAAGCCAAAGAUGGAUUUUAGCUGAGGUUGUAAGAUUUUAUCAUGGGGUUGGGCAGAGGCCAGAGAGGAGGCACAUUUGUAUGUGUGGCAUCAAUUUGGAA